GAGCAGAUUGCAACAUCACUCUUCCGCAGAACAGUAACUACAGUCCCGUGUGAUAGAGUAACAUGGAGCAUGUUUCUCUCUGGAGUAUAUAGCUAAAGUAAAUUCGGAUAUUGUCAGUAAUUUGUGUUGGUAGACGUCUGGAUACCUCUCACACGAGGAUGAUGCAGCAAUAUCUUUGCAAGUGACAUCCAAACCAUGAUACCACCGCCACCACCACCACCACCACCACCACCUAAUGCCCCACCUCCCCCUCCUCCUCCACCCCCUGGCCUCUUCUCAAGUGGAGGCCCAUUUUCCAGAGGGCCCACACGGGCCUCUAAAAUGCGUAAUUUUAAUUGGGAGACCAUACCAAACCACACUGUGAUAGGCAAACAUAACAUAUGGACGGCUGAGAAGAACAGAGAGUUUGAGUUGGACACCAAACGUAUGGAGGAGCUGUUCAGCCGCAAUGACCAGAAGCAGGUCCAGGCCACAACCCGCCGCAGUGUACGCCAAUCCCCAAGCAAUGCCCCAGGAACUGAAAUGGUGUCCAUUCUUAACUCCAAGAAGAACAUGAACAUUGGUAUCUUCCUCAAGCAGUUCAGAAGGUCAGUGAGUGAAAUGAUUGACGACAUUAUCAAUGGCAGAGGAGAAAGAUUUGGUACUGGGAAAUUGAAAGAGUUGUGCAAACUACUGCCAGAGGAUGGAGAGGUGCGUCAGCUUCUUGAUUUUAAAGGAGACUAUGCAACUCUUUCUGAACCAGAUCGGUUCAUGGCACAACUUGUCAAAGUUCCUUGCUAUGAGGAACGGUUGAACAGUUUAGUACUCAAAGAGGAAUUCUCCCAUUUUGUGGAUGAGGUGAAUCACUCUAUUGCAGUCAUGACCGCUGCUGGACAAGAGCUGUUGGAAUGUGCUGAUCUACAUUCAGUCAUUCGACUGGUCUUGAAGACAGGCAAUUACAUGAACUCUGGAGGGUACGCUGGCAGCGCGGUGGGAUUCCGGAUAACGUCUCUUGUCAAACUAGCGGAUACCAAAGCCAACAAGCCUGGAAUGAACCUCAUGCACUAUGUUGUGAUGCAAGCCCAGAAGAUAGAUGCAGCGCUGCUGAAGUUCCCAGAGCAACUACAGCACAUUGGAGAUGCAGCAAGGAUUCAUAAACAGGAAAUUGAGUCUGAUUUUCAAAAGGAAGUGAGUAAAGUCCAGGUGUCAAAACAGAAUGCUAGUAAACAUCCAGAUCUGGAAGAACAGAUGAGGGAUUUUCUGCUGAAUGCAGAAACCAGGUUAAAGGAGACCGAGGAGGGCUUCAAGACCCUUUCUGCUGUGAGUGAUUCGGUGGCAGAGUAUUUCUGUGAGGACCCCACUCAGUUCAAACUAGAGGACUGUUGCUCCAUUUUCUACUCUUUCUGUGAGAAGUUCAAACGAGCAGUUCAGGAGAACCUUGAACGAGACAUGGUGGAAGUGAGGCGCAGGCAGCGAGAGCGUACUCAAAUUGCUGCCAAGCGACGCUCCACCGCCACCUGCUCCUCACGAGAUAAAGACAUCGAAGGAGUUGCUCUGGAGUCCAUCCUACAGAGGUUUAACACUCGGCAAUCCCGCCGUAGAGCCGGGACCGGUUCACCCACGCUGGGGAAUCUAACUGAGACCAUCUUGAAGGAGAACAACCACCCCAAUGACAACAAAGAGAUUAAGAGGGACAGCUGGAUCAAAUGUGUCAAGCAAUCCUCCUUGAUCAAGGAGAGCUUUGAAGAGACGCCCAAUCACCCAGAGAUUACAAUCUCAAGCCCAAUGCAGGAAAAUACAGAUUCCCCAAUCAAUCAACGUGUCUCCGUAUCCACUGAGCAAGAGGAAGAAGAUGUCCAGACCGAGAAAGAGGUGCAGAAUAUGAGAGAGGUGUCACGGAAAAUUUUACAAUAUCAGUCCAGUCGAAGCAGUAUUUCAUCUGGCGAAGCCCUGUCACCGAUCCUGUCUCCCAGGCAGACGUUCUUCCAGGAAGACAGAAGACAGCUGCUGAUCAUGGCCAUAGAAGAAAACACUUCUAAAUCCAGCCCUCUGCUGGAGAACAGCCAGAUCAUCAAUCGCCGGCACACAAUCGCACUUCCUGAGGCCAAUUGUGGAAAUACCAGCCAAGAGGACAUAUUUGUGCCCUGUAAUGUCAAUGCAUCUCCAGCUCCCUCUAUAGGUGUUAUUGGAAAAGGGAAAUCUGUGGAUUGUAAUAUGCUCACCAUACAACAAAACUCUUCAAAGACUGUUAAAGAUUCAGAAGCAAAGCCACUUAAUUCUCAAGAGGAAUCACAAUCAGUUGAUUUAUCACAGUCACAAUCAGCCGAGCCAGAAGCAAAGACUGAAGAGAUGGUACCUAGUUUGCAAUUGGGUACUGGCAAGAGAAACAGCCAAACAAUAUCAUUUAAAAGUGCUAAAGAGGGCUUCAGCUUUAUGUCUUUAUUUAAGCGUUGGCGUGAAAAAGACAAAUCAAAAGAGCUUGAUUCUGACAGUGUGGACCCGUGAUUUUGAAGAAAAAAACAAAACAUUGCUCUCUAUUUAUUCGGAGAUUCACGCUGAGUGGCAUGCUACAGUUAUGGAAAACAAGCUUGGUGCUUUGUCAUUGUUUGCUUGUUAAAACAGUGAAUGGACAUUUAUUUUCACGUUUUCUAUAAAUAACGCACAUGCAAUUACACUUCAUCCAAAAAACACAAUGAAUAUAAUUAAAUAUAGUGUUAAGAUUAGUGGAAAAUGACAUAUUUUACCUGCAAUGCUCUUUAUUUAACACAAGGGGGCAGUACAUGGGAUUACAUUUCCAUGGCGAGACAUUUCCCAUGAAAUUUCUGACAGGACUGUGACUAUGAGUAAUUAUUCUCUUAGUUCAGAUUAUAUACUGACCAAUCAAAAUACAAGUUGGUAAAUGUGGUUGUAAUGCACCACAUAAAAUCACAAAUUCUUGUUCGAUGAAUAAUUUAAUGUUUAAUAAUAAUUAUUAUAUUUAUCCAGUACCCUAGCUUGUACCACAUCAUGUUUCUAAUGGUCUCUGAAUGGUCAUUGUAGGCUUCCUAUGACAGACCAAUCUACGGAUCAAAGCACUCGCCUACAUGAUGAAAAUGUGGAAUAGAGAGCUCAUGUAAUUUGUGGUUUUCACUGCUCCAGAAAUGAAAGAAGGCCUUUUAUUUGAUAAAACCUCUGCUUUUGAUUCUCAAUAUGAGAUUUCAUGAAAAUUUAGAGACCAUGUUCCACUUAGGAGUUGCGCACACACUAAGAUGCUUAAGUGCAUUUUUAUAUUAUGUUAUUUGUCCUGUUUUUAGGCAAGAUUUAUUUAUCCUUUUUGUGUUACAUAGAUAUGCUUGACCUCAACAACAUCUCCUGUGCUACUUGAUGCAGUUAUACAUGGUAUUUCAUGUUUUUUUGUCCGCUGAGCUUCUGGAAUAAUGAGGGACAAUGAGAAGCUAAAUGGGCUUAUCCAUGAUAAAGACAUUGAAGGCUUAGUUAGGGAGAAUAGAUAACGUCAUAGGCUCCCAAUAGGUCUGCUUUAGGUGGUCUUUUAAGUGCUUUCUAGACAGCCUGAGACCCUGUCGGGGUGGAGAUUUGGGGGAGGGGGGAGUUUGGGUGAUUGUGUGAGUGAAUUAUCAUCAUCAGUCUCAAAGAACUGAGAAUAAAGGGUCAAGCCCUGAUUGAAUGUCACAACAUGCUAUGGUUAUAGUACAGAUGAUCCUGAAAAUGGCUUAUCAGAAUGUGUUGGACAGCUUUUAGUCUCUUAAAGAAGCCUAGCGUAAUAUGUUUGAUUUCAUGCUGUUACAGUGCAUGUCUAAAUGCUGUUUAUUUCAGACACUUACCGUGAAUUGUUUAGAGAUGUAUUUCUUUGAAUACAUUGUAAUAAACAGUUUGUAAAUUUAAUAAGAGAAA